GCACCCCGCUAUAUCAUGACAUACAUAUCGAUUUCCAUAUCUCCCAUCCUAUCCAUCAUCGCAUAUAUUCAUUUCCCCAUCUCUUAAUUCCCACGCGCCCAUCAAUCCAACCUAGCAACCCACACCCAGCACAUUCCCUCGUUUCCGCAUCUCCAAAAUACAAAGAGAGAAAAAAAAACUAGCACAAAAUGGGCCUACCCUACUCCCGACAGAUAAACGCAGCAUUCGAACAAGUCACGCCCCUCGUAGCCGCCGGCUUCAAGGUCCUGCGCACCACGCGCGAUAUAUCGAUUUUACUUGCUGUAAUACAAGUACUCACCGUUGUUCUCUUGGGGUUUAUCCUGGCGGCGUUGGUGCUGUUGUUGUAUUGUGUUAAUCCGGAUUUAGAGGUUGAACGGCAGCAGAUUAUCACGCCGUGGCUGCGGUAUUUGGCUAGUAUAACGAUAUUUUCGGUUGUAAAGACGGUUGUUUGGAUGGGGCUGGGGCUGGGGGUUUGUACGGUAGGGAUUUGGCAUUUUUUUCUGGCGAAGAAGUGGGUCGAGGAUGUGGAGUAUGAGGGGAAUGUUGAUGCGGAUCUGGCGUUGGAGGAUUUGGGCGAGGGGAAGUGAGGGUGGUGGUUGGAGAGGAGUGGAAUCUUUUUUCUGGGGUUUUGUUAUAUGUCUUCUUGUACAUUGGAUCUUGUCACUGCAUGUUGACAGAACUCUUUCCUCUCUUACUCACAUCUGAGUACAAGCCAAUGUUGAUGAAAUAGGUAAAAGUGAUCAUAAUUCAUUACAUUAACAAUCUCA